AUGCAGUACUCCUGGCUGCCGCAGGAACGCCGUGAGGUGAUCGUCCGCGAGAAGCCGCCGUUGGUCAUCUCAAGCAAGCGGUUUGCCCGCAUCCAGGCCAAUGCCAGCCAGGCGGCCCAGCAGGAGCGCCAGUACCGGCUCCAGCUACGUGGCCAGGCGGAGGAGCAGCUGCGCGCCGGGGGCGAGGAGCUGCUGCGUCAGUUCGGGGGCAGAAAGCUGUGCAUCACCAAGGCGGAGGAGUGCCGCAGGGAGCUGGAGCAGCUGCGGGAGCAGGAGCUGGAGGCCAAGCGACUGGCGGAGGAGGAGAGUGCUGCCUCCCGGCGGGAGGCACAGAGCAGGCAGAAGGAGCGCAUAGCGGCGGCCCAGCAGCUGCUGGAGCAGCUGCGUCCGGGGCCGCGGGAGCUGCAGUGUGCCAGGCUCCAGAGCGAGGUCCUGCGCAGUGUCCAGGCCCAGCGGCAGGUGCAGGAGACCUUCGCCCAGGCCCUGGAGCGGCAGGCGGAGCGGGACAGGCGCAUCUACCACGAGCAGGUGCUCAACGGGAUAGAGGAGGCCCAGCGGCGUCGGGCCGAGCGCUGCCAGCAGCUCGGGGAGCACAAGCAGGACCUGCUCAGCGCCAUCGCAGAGCGGGAGAAGGAGCGCCAGGCGGCCAAGGCCGAGGAGCACGAGCAGGCACGCCAGGAGCGGGAGCGGAACCAGCGGCAGCUGAGGGAGCAGCAGCGCAGGGACGAAGAGAUGCGGACCUCCAGGCGGCGGCAGAAGCGGGAGGAGGCUCUCGCCUCCCUGGCCAUGGCGGAGCAGCGUCAGCAGCGGCUCCUCAUGCUGGAGGAGGUGGAGCAGGUCCAGUGCGAUGUCCACAACGAGGCCAAGGGGCGCCUGGAGCAGAUGAAGCGGGACAGGACCCGCAGCCGCGUCCAGCAGCGCAUCCAGCGCAAUGAGAAGCUCGCCCAGGAGCAGGCCCCUCGCCUGCACUACAGCGCCGGAGCGGAUGAGGCGCGCCACGAGCGCCAGCUGGUGGAGAUGCAAAAGGCCCACAGUGCGGAGCAGGCCAGGCGCCGUCAGAGCCGGGAGAGGGUGAAAAACUCCCGUCUGGCCAUUCAGCGGGAGGCGGAGCAGCUGGCCCAGGCCUCCAGAGAGCAGGGAGAGGCCGACAAACAUAAAGCCGUCGAUCUUCGCCUGAAGAACGACCUCGUCCACGUGCAGUUCAAGCGGCAGCAGCGUCAGGAGCAGCUCCAGCGCAUGCGGCAGCUGCGCCAGCAGCUGGACGAGCAGGUGCGGCAGCGGCACGAGGAGGAGACGCGCCCGGACACCAACUACAACCGGGAGGCGCAGCUGGAGUGUCUGCGCGAGGAUGCCUUCUUCUUCGACUACGCCCGCCAGCUGAUGGACACGGCCCGGGCCAGGGGCUGUCCGCUGAAGCCCUUUGUCCGGGCCGUGGGGCAGUACAAGAACGAGAACCGCAUUGGGGCGGGCAUCCGCGUGCCACCGCAUCUGGUGACGCGCCUGUCCAUGGGCCGACGCACUGCCGGCGACAGCCCGGCCGAGGCGGCGGUCAAGGCCCAGUCAAGUGCGGAGGAGGCCAAGCUGGCCGAGGAGGAGGAGCAGCAGCGGCGGAAUAUCGAGGAGAAUCUCAAGAAGAUCGAGGCCUUGGUGCUGGCCGAGGCCACAGUCAAAGCAGAGGUCCCGAAGGGAUAA